AUGGAUAAAAAUAUACUUCGUUCACGUCAAAAAGUAGCAAGUAAAAGUGAUGACAAAACUUCCGAUCAAGAAAAAGAAAAGAUGUUAAUAAAAAAUCGAAAACAAACUGCUGAAAAUUAUGAUUUUGGUGAUAUACAAAAAGUUCCAUCUAAUAUUGAAAAUAUUAUGGAGAAAAAUUUUUUACGUAUAUUUAUUUGGGAAUUAUAUUUUGAAUAUAUUUUUUGGACAAGUUUUUUUGCCAUUGGUCCAAUGAGUACUGUUGGAAAAUUAAUUAUUAGUUUAUUAUCAUUUCAAUUAGAAGGUCCUCUAUUACGAUUAUUAAUACUUUCAUGUGGUACUUGUGCUAUUAUGAUUGAUCUUUGUACAAGUCUUAAUUGA